CGCAUCCUCAAGGUCUGCUUCUACAGCAACAGCUUCAACAUGGGCAAGAACUUCAAGCUGGUGAAGUGCCCCGUGACAACGGAGAUCCGAGAGGUGAUCAGGUCCAUCCUGGUGAGCGGCCGCAUCGGGCCCGACAUCAAGUUGACUGAGUGCUACGGGCUCCGCCUGAAACAUGUGAAGUCGGACGAGAUCCACUGGCUGCACCCAGACCUGACGGUGGGCGAAGUGCAGGAGAAGUACGAGUGCCUGCACCUGGAAGCCGAGUGGAGGUACGAUCUCCAAAUCCGCUAUCUGCCAGAGGAUUUCAUUGAGCGCUUCAAAGAGGACAGGACCACCUUGCUCUACUUCUACCAGCAGCUGCGGAGCGAGUACAUGCAGAGCUACGCCAGCAAGGUGAGCGAGGGCAUGGCCCUGCAGCUGGGCUGCCUCGAGCUCAGGAGGUUUUACAAGGACAUGCCACACAAUGCGCUGGAGAAGAAAUCCAACUUCGAAUUCCUGGAGAAGGAGGUGGGCCUGGACCUCUUCUUCCCCAGCCAGAUGCAGGAGAACCUGAAGCCCAAGCAGUUCCGGAAGAUGAUCCAGCAGACCUUCCAGCAGUAUGCGCUGCUGCGGGAGGAGGAGUGCAUCCUCAAGUUCCUGCACACCCUCUCCACUUUUGCCAACAUUGACCAGGAGAGUUACCGCUGCGAGCUCAUCCAAGGGUGGAACAUCACGGUGGACCUGGUCAUUGGACCCAAGGGGAUCCGGCAGAUGACAAGCAAGGAGGCCAAGCCCACCUGCUUGGCCGAGUUCAAGCACAUCAAGUCCAUCAAGUGCUCCAGCGUGGAGGGGGGCCAGGCUGUGCUGCAGCUGGGGCUCAGCAGCACCCCCCAGCUCAUCGACGCCUACUGCCGCCUGCAAGGGGACUUGGAAACCUCCCUUAUCAUCUUCCCCAGGAGAGGUGAGCACCUUGGGGGGGCACCGGCCCCAGCAGGGCACCUGGAGGAGAGGACGCUGUCGGACAGCAUAAGCAUGGACUCCGACAUUUACGCUGAAAUCCCUGAUGAGUCCUCAAGACCGCGGUCUGCAGUCCAGCACUAUGGGAUCUCCCGGGAGGACAUCACAUUGGGCAGGAUCCUUGGAGAAGGCUUCUUCGGAGAGGUCUACGAGGGGAUCUACACCACCCCGAAAGGGGAGCGGGUCAACGUGGCUGUGAAGACCUGUAAGAAGGACUGCAGCCUGGAGAACAAGGACAAGUUCUUGAGUGAAGCAGUGCUGAUGAAGAAGCUGGACCAUCCCCAUAUCGUGAAGCUCAUCGGCAUCGCGGAAGAGGAGCCCACCUGGAUCAUCAUGGAGCUCUAUCCCUACGGAGAGCUGGGACAAUACCUGGAGCAGAACAAGCACUGCCUUGCCGUGCCCAUCCUCAUCCUCUACGCGCUGCAGAUCAGCAAAGCCCUGGCCUACCUGGAGGCCAUCAACUGCGUGCACAGGGAUAUUGCUGUGAGGAACGUCCUUGUGGCCUCCCCGGAGUGCGUGAAGCUGGGCGACUUCGGCCUCUCCAGGUACAUCGAGGAUGAGGAGUACUAUAAAGCGUCUGUCACCCGUCUCCCCAUCAAGUGGAUGUCACCCGAGUCCAUCAACUUCCGCCGCUUCACAACAGCCAGCGACGUCUGGAUGUUCG